GCGCAGGCGCCGUGGAUGGGGGUGGGGGAGAUUCUCGUGGCGGAGGUCCCGCUGCUGGAGCGGAUGUAUCCUGGCGCCCCUCAGCGGGGAGGGGGAGGGAAAAUGUUGCUGAAGGCGGCGGAGAGGUCGGAGGAAAUGCGGCGGGGGCUGCGGGAACAGAGAACUGAUGAGUCUGGCAUCCAGGAGGUUCCAAUUACUUUGGAUGAUAUACAUAUGAAAGAGGCCAGGCCUAUACAGGUAGUGUUGGCUCAUAAAGAUAAUCAUCAUUUUGAUCUGGAUGAAGCAUCCUUGGAGCGAAUUUUAUUGCAAGAACACAUUCGGGACUUGAAUGUUGUGGUUGUCUCGGUGGCCGGAGCAUUUCGUAAAGGCAAAUCGUUUUUGUUGGAUUUCAUGCUUAGAUACAUGUACAGUCAGGAAGCGGGCGGCUGGCUAGGGGGCGAUGAUGAGCCGUUAACUGGGUUCACCUGGCGAGGCGGAUGCGAACGGGAAACUACUGGUAUACAAGUUUGGAGUGAAGUUUUUGUGAUCCACAAAUCAGAUGGAAGUCAGGUUGCGGUACUUUUAAUGGACACUCAGGGGGCCUUUGACAGCCAGUCAACCAUAAGAGACUGUGCUACCGUGUUUGCUCUUAGCACCAUGACGAGUUCUGUUCAGGUAUACAAUUUGUCUCAGAACAUUCAAGAGGAUGAUCUGCAACACCUUCAGCUCUUCACAGAAUAUGGGCGCCUGGCUAUGGAGGAAGUGUACCAGAAACCCUUUCAGACAUUAAUGUUUUUAAUAAGAGAUUGGAGUUAUCCCUACGAACAUUCAUAUGGGCUGGAAGGAGGCAAGAGGUUCUUAGAAAAACGGUUGGAGAUAAAACAAAACCAACACGAAGAGUUGCAGAAUGUUAGGAAACAUAUCCAUUCCUGUUUUGCCAAAAUCACCUGCUUCCUAAUGCCACAUCCCGGUCUGAAAGUAGCCACAAAUCCUGGUUUUGAUGGGAGAUUAAAAGAUAUUGACGGCGACUUUAAAAAGGAACUCCGCAAUGUGGUGCCCUUUCUCCUGUCCCCUGAGAAUUUGGUAGAAAAAGAAAUCGGAGGAAGCAAAGUGACUUGUCGGGAUUUAGUUGAAUACUUCAAGGCUUACAUCAAAAUUUAUCAAGGAGAAGAACUGCCUCAUCCAAAAUCUAUGUUACAGGCAACAGCUGAAGCCAACAAUUUAACUGCUGUUGCAGGAGCAAAAGAUGCCUAUAGCAAGGCUAUGGAGAUGUUUUGUGGGGGAGAUAAACCUUACAUAGCACCAGGUGAUCUGGAACAACGACACUUAACCUUAAAAGAAGCUUCCAUCAAGCAGUUUCGGUCAGUCAAGAAAAUGGGCGGGGAAGAGUUCUGUCAACGCUACCAAGAGCAGCUCGAGCAAGAAAUGGAUGAGAACUAUGCAAACUUUGUAAAGCACAAUGACAGCAAAAAUAUUUUUUAUGCUGCACGUACACCGGCCACACUCUUUGCUGUGAUGUUUACCAUGUACAUAAUCUCGGGAGUGACUGGAUUUAUUGGCUUGAACUCGAUAGCUUUGCUAUGCAAUCUCAUGAUGGGGAUAGCUCUGAUCUCCCUCUGUACCUGGGCUUACACCAAAUAUUCUGGUGAAUUCAGAGAAUUUGGAACAAUCAUCGAUCAUGUGGCUGAAACUAUAUGGGAGCAGAGGAGUCCAAAGAAGGUAUUAAGCAAGCUGUUCACUUCAGCUCGAAAUAAAGUGAUCCAUCGUUCUGUUACAUCUACACUGAGGCUAUCAUCAAACAACAACAAGAAGAAAAACUAGAUGUGCUUUCUCAUUGCUUGGGAUGGGGAUGGAAGUGUGGACGGUGGCCUGUACAGUGCUGAACUGAUCAGGGUUUGGCUGUGCGGCAAGCUAUAAAUUGUAUAUGGCUAACUCAACAUAGGGUGCAGCGCUGCUUAUUUCUUUUCAAGUGACUUACAAGACACUGACUUGAAAGAGUUGUGAUGUUGAAGCCACUGAGUGACAAUUUGAUGGAGGAGAACAUAAAGCAAACUGUAGCAAACUCCAUCAAAGCAGGGUUGACCGAGCAGGCCUCCCAGCAUGCCAAAUUAAAGACAAACUGACAAUCCAACUUGCCUCAUGCUGUCGAGUGUUGCCUGUAUGUUAUGAACUUGGUGAGUCAAUUUAUAAUUAGUCUGCAUAGAUUUUGAAGUGAAAGUCCCAACUUCACCUCAUGCUGCCACAAAGAUCUGAAGAAAGAAGAAACUGACAGAAGAUUUUUAUAAUUGGUAGAGUGAAUUACAUGACUAAACAAGAAAGUACGGGGAUGAGUUUAAAAGUUAAUUUUGAAUGUUAAUUUUUUCAUGUACACGAGUUGAAUCUCUUAUUCCGGUCACCAUUGGUGGAUUUGUGCGAGAGACUGAGGUGCAUCAUAGUGUUCAGUACAGAUAAAUGGAGAUGGUGAUGAAUAGUAAAGCUUGAAACCAGUCUGCAUUUUCUCUCUUUGUUAAUGCUUUGCCUGAAUUACCAGUAUUACACUGCAAAUCCAAACUAGCCAGAUUAUCAGGUUAUGUUGUGGACAAACCUACUGUUGGAUGAAAGUGAGUGAGGCUUGCCUUGCUCCUGAUCAAAACCCGAGGACCUUGUGAAUCAGUGACAUUUGAACUACGGGGAACUUCACUUCAUUACUGCCAUAAAUCCAUCCAAUGUGCUUUAAUUUUCUCUUUCUGAUGGCGAUCACUCCGUCCACAAAGAACUCUUACCCAUAGUUAUCGGUUAGCAUUUGCCUGCACACUGCGUUAUUUUUAAUUUUCUAUCAAAUUAUAGAGAUGGGGCAUGUAUAUUAAAUAUAAAUAUAUAAAUACCAAAUUUUGUAUCAAAGUUUUUGUAGUUAAUGGCAAAAUCUGGUACAGUGGUAGGCUCCGUGCAGUUAAUGUAAAGGACUGUAUUUGUGAGUGAUGUAAGCAUCAGAAUGCAUUAAAUUUGAGGUUUUGAUAUGUUUGUGAUAAUUACCUGCCUUGAGCAUUACAAUCCCACCACUUAUUGCAAAGCAUUGGUAAUGUUAGUUGUGAAAUUCGGUUAUCUUCUGUUGCAUUUUAAAGUUAUAUCCUGUAAUUUAUUUUUCAACACAAAAUUAAAGUACUCUGACGUUUCCAGCUUCUGUUUUUUUUUGUGAAAUGAAUGAAACCUGCAAGAUGUAUUGUACAGGUGAUUUAAAUGUCAAAAGCAUUUUAAAAUUUAAGACUUAAUCUGUAAAAUGUAUCUAGGUCAUAUUGGCCUCAUUUAAGUGUCAACAAAGAACAUGUUUUCUUUUUCCUGAGUGAUUGUGUCUGUAUAUAAUCAGUAAUGGGUAAUAUAAAUUGUUUAGUUAAACAUUAAACAAUUUUCACAAUUUA